GGCGACAGUGUGGGUCAGUCGGGAGUAGCGAAGGGCAGAGGAGGCUACGUCGCUCCUUCUCUUGACAUGGCCACACACCAGCGAUAACUUGAGGGUACAUUAUCCAACAUGGACACAACUGCGCCCUCGCCACUCAAAUUCAUCUCUGUUUUGAUAUUAAUAUUAUUUGUGAAACGUCUCUAGCGAAGGUUUGUUUAAAUUGCUAUACUUGUAUAUGUGAGGGCCAGAAGGGCUUUCUUGGAGCCCCGGGUAUCCCAGGCCUCCAGGGUUCAACUGGCUUCCCAGGAGAUCAAGGAUACGAGGGGCCAUCAGGUCGUAGUGGACCUACUGGAGAUUAUGGCGAAAAUGGUGCAGUAGGAGAGAAAGGCAUUAGAGGAGACAUGGGUAUGCCAGGCUUUCAAGGGACUGCAGGUAUUCCUGGUCUUCCUGGAUUAGAGGGUCCUGCUGGGAUUGAUGGUCCACCAGGGUGCAAUGGCACUGAUGGUAAACCUGGUGUGACAGGAAUUCCUGGACCUCCUGGUGUGAUAGGCCCCCCAGGCCCAGAGGGUGGUUAUGGUCCUGUUGGAGACCCAGGUGAAGGUGGCACCAAUUCAAGAGGUAUCAAAGGAGAUCAAGGAGAGCCAGGCCAGCUGGGACCCAGAGGUUAUAGAGGUGUGCCAGGACCUCGAGGACCGAGGGGUGACUAUGGACUACCUGGUUUAAUAGGAAUACGUGGUGAUGAAGGUGACAAAGGUUAUGUUGGUGAUCAAGGAGACAAGCCACCACCUAUCCCAAGCGUUGCUGGAGCACCAGGAGAGAAGGGUGAACCUGCAGGAGUGAGGGGCAUUGUGACGUCACCAGCAGGAAUUGACUUGAAAGGAGAAGUUGGUGACAAGGGCUAUCCAGGACCUUCUGGAAUACCUGGUGAGAAAGGUAAUAUUGGCUAUUCUGGCCCUCCAGGAGAGAAAGGUUUGAAGGGCGAGCAAGGCAGAGAGGGCCAGAAAGGCAAGGAUGGUCGCCCAGGACAGAGGGGUGUGCAAGGGCCAAAAGGUUUCAAGGGAGCACCUGGAUUGGCUGGAUUUUCUGGUUCCAAAGGCUUUAAGGGUGUAAAAGGAGAACCUGGCUAUGAUGGUCGUCCAGGCCCAGUGGGUGAUGCAGGAGUACCAGGAAUAUAUGACCCAGCAGAUACUGUAGUCUACAGAGGCCCACCUGGCCCACAAGGGCCAACAGGACCAUUAGGACUUCAUGGUGGUAAUGGAUUUGAUGGUCGGCCUGGUGGUUUGGGCCAGCGUGGCCCACCGGGUAAUCCUGGCAUAAGUGGAGAAGAUGGGGUACCCGGAGGGAUUGGACGCUCUCAGAAGGGUGAACCUGGAGAUGAUGGCUACCCUGGUCUGAUUGGAGAACCUGGGCCACGUGGCCCAAGGGGUCCACCAGGUAUUCCUGGCUUAAAGGGUCUUCCAGGGGAUCCUGCUUUUGGAAGUAAGGGCAUAGAUGGACGUCCUGGUCAACCGGGUACUAAUGGUCUACCAGGUCCUCCUGGUGUUCCUGGACCUAGAGGUCCAAAAGGUUAUCCUGGGCGAGGGCGAGCCAUAGUGGGUCCCAAAGGACCCAAAGGCUUCACAGGACCUGCAGGUGAACCAGGAUUGAUGGGUGCUAAUGGACGUAAUGGUUUACCAGGUCAUAAAGGAGUCAAGGGAGAUGAUUGUUUUCCAUAUUUGAGACAACCAUGUGACAUUGGUGAUGUGGGAACACCUGGCCAAAAUGGGAUACAAGGGCGAAUAGGUCCACCAGGUCUUCCUGGUCCACGAGGACCAAAAGGUAGCCCAGGGAAAACUGGCCUUCCAGGGUUAAGGGGGCUUGAUGGUGUGCCUGGAUCUGCAGGUUACUCUGGAAGAACUGGCAAAAAGGGUGAGCCAGGUGAUCUGUUGCCUGGACAGUUAAUAAGAGGCAGACAUGGAGAUGAUGGACUCCCAGGGUACCUUGGCCCAAAAGGUGCACGAGGAGAUAAUGGCUUAGAUGGAGCAAGAGGAAUUCAAGGCAGAAAGGGAGAUCCUGGUGUCAGUGGACAGGAUGGUAUUAAUGGCUUGCCUGGUAGAGAUGGAUCUCCAGGUGAAGGUGGACAAGGACAAAGAGGAUUUAAAGGAUCAAGUGGGACUAGUGGACCUAGGGGAGAUGAGGGCAGUAAAGGUAGACAAGGAGUAGUCAAUUGGCCAGCUGGAGCAGAACUCAUAAUGUACAUGGGUGAAAAGGGUUUUCGAGUAUAUCACAAUUCAUCUGAUUUCAUCAUCACUCAAGGAAUGAACAACAGGUGCGUCAUUGUCAAUGUUCAGCAUUUCUUCAAUGGAGUAAAAGGCAUUAAAGGAGAAGAUGGAGAAGAUGGCAUCAGUGGAAUUCCUGGAUCUCCAGGAACACCAGGCAGGCCUGGUCCGAAAGGAGAGCGAGGUCUUGAUGGCUUACCAGGAACCAAAGGCUUUUAUGGUUUGCCAGGAUCGCCUGGCCGCUCAGGGGAUAAAGGAGCCCCAGGAGACCUCGGAGUUGCAGGUCGUAAGGGUAUCAAGGGAGAGAUUGGUGACAGUAUUCCUGGUGCUCCUGGUAUUGCUGGUAGACAAGGACCACCAGGUUUUCCUGGUCUUCCUGGCAAUGUAGGCUAUCCUGGUCAACCUGGCACACCAGGAGCUUCUGGACAGAGAGGCUUAAGUGGAGAUCGUGGUUUUGAUGGCCUUGCUGGCCUUCCAGGAGAUAAUGGGCUUGACGGUACACCUGGAGGUCCUGGUCGGCCUGCCAGAGAUGGCCGAAAUGGUCUAAAGGGAGAACAAGGAUUGAUGGGAAUUCCAGGUAUUGUUGGUAAUCCUGGAGCUCCAGGACCUGAUGGAUUCCCAGGCCUUCAGGGAAUAAAUGGUGAUGUCGGGACCCGGGGUAUUUCUGGCUUUGAAGGAAACCCUGGACCAAAGGGUCAGAAGGGCUUCCCAGGAGAAAUAGGUUACCGUGGUGCACCCGGUCUAAAUGGAACCUAUUCUGGUCAUGGUGAUGUUGGUGAAAAAGGUUUGCAAGGCGAUUAUGGACAAAUGGGUUUUCCUGGAAUUAUUGGAGGAGUUGGCCUACCUGGAUUACCUGGCAUAAGCUACACAGGUGCUAAAGGUCAAACAGGACCCAUUGGUCUUCCAGGAACUCCAGGUGCACCCGGCAGAUAUGGACAGAAGGGUACCAUGGGAAUGAUGGGUUUACCUGGCAUCAGUGGAGAUCGAGGUGAGCCAGGAGAUGUGGGUUUCCCUGGACCACCUGGAGGAAGAAUAGUAGGUCCUCCAGGCCCUCAGGGAUGGCCUGGACCUAAGGGCCAGGCUGGUGAGCCUGGCAGGUUUGGAAAUAAGGGUCUACCCGGUGAUAUUGGUCCUGUUGGUUGGCUUGGACGAAAUGGGUUGCAGGGCAUCAGAGGACCACCAGGUGACCGUGGCCAACCAGGCAUAAUUAUUGGUGGGAGCAGAGCUGACAAUGGAGAUCCUGGUCGACCAGGGCUACCAGGAGAUCCUGGAAGAGAUGGUUUACCUGGUCUUCCAGGAAUCAAGGGUUCAAUCGGUGACACUGGCCAGGAAGGUUUUCGCGGUCGACCUGGACUUCCAGGCUAUCGUGGUGAUGAUGGUGUAAGAGGGCUUCGGGGUCUAGAAGGAUUACCAAGUAGAAAAGGUGAACCUGGGCAAAAUGGUAUUGAAGGUCGCCCAGGGCAGUCAGGCCGACCAGGCCUUCAUGGACAGAAAGGUCAACCAGGGGACUUUGGCAUAGAUGGGCCAGCUGGAGCGAAAGGUUUGCCAGGCAUCAGCCGCCCUGGGUUAAAGGGGGUGCGAGGAGAUCCAGGUGGUCUUGGUGAAGCUGGUUUCAUGGGUAAACCUGGUCGAGAUGGUCAGAAGGGACAGAAGGGUAUGGUUGGUGAUGCUGGUCGUCCAGGGCCUCCAGGGCAACCUGGUGCCCGGGGACUCAGGGGCAUUCAAGGUUUUAAUGGUCUACCAGGUCGACAAGGAGAACAAGGUAUCCAUGGUUUACCUGGAGACUCAGCCCUUCCAGGUCCACCUCCAAGGUCUAAAGGUUAUCUCAUCACCAGACACUCACAGGAGACAGUCAUUCCUUCUUGUCCACUUGGAACAAGUGUUGUUUGGGAAGGCUUUUCGCUCUUGCAUGUGAUGGGCAACCACAGGGCUCAUGGACAGGAUCUUGGUGCUCCAGGAAGCUGUCUGAAGAAAUUCAGCACUAUGCCAUAUCUCUUCUGCAACCUCAACAAUGUGUGUGACUACUCUCAGAGGAACGAUUAUUCAUAUUGGCUAUCAACCACUGAGCCAAUGCCAAUGAUGAUGACACCCAUUCAAGGACCAGAAAUUGAGAAAUAUAUUUCAAAAUGUGUUGUGUGUGAAGCGCCAUCAGUUGUAAUUGCUGUCCACAGUCAAACAUUGGAGGUUCCCGAUUGCCCUACACAAUGGGAAUCACUUUGGAUAGGCUACUCAUUCAUCAUGCAUACUGACUCAGGAGCAGAAGGUGCUGGCCAGUCUCUCAUCUCACCUGGGUCAUGUCUUGAGGACUUCCGUUCAAGUCCAUUUAUUGAAUGCACUGGGCAAGGUACCUGCAACUUAUUCCCAUCUGCCUUUUCCUAUUGGUUGGCAACAGUUGAACUUGAACAACAAUUCCGAAAACCCCAACAGCAAACAUUGAAGGCUGGGGAUCUUAAAACACGUGUUAGUCGUUGUAAUGUUUGUAUGAGAAAAAGGAGUGGUGCCCCUGUAAUUCCAUCUCCUCCACCAGAAAUCAGGGCUGAUCCAUUCAGCAAUAGAUACUAUUUUGGUGGGUAAUUUUUAUUUAUUUAUUUUUUUUUUUUUUUUUUUACAAAAUUUAUUUAGCCUUAAUUUUUUUUUUUGUCACAGUAAAAGAAAAUGAAUUCAGAUUAUUACAAAAACGAAUUUAUUUUUGAUAAAAAAGUAAAUGUCACAAUACUGUGGCUGGAGCAUUUUGCAUAUAACCUGUACUUAGGAAACUUAUGAGGAUGUUUUGGACUGUUCUGAAUUAUUGGCAAGUCAUGGUGGUGCCAAAAUUUCUAUUCUGGGAAUUUAGGGGUGGCUGUCUGGUUGGAAGAGGAACUAGAUUUGUUUUGAAGCAGCAUUAAUAUUUUUAUAGGGGUCCAAGGAAAUUUUUGGGAGGCCAAAGCCCCCAAGUCCCCCAUGGUGCUGCCACUGGCAAGUUUAAACUUAAAAAUGGUCCAGGAUGGGCAACAAUGGUCAGGUUUCCUAAGUGUGGGGUUAUUUGUGAAUUGCAUUCUAUAGUUCUAUUUUAAUUAAUACCUUCAUUUGAAUGCUAAUCUGGUUCACAAGUUUCUUAUCCUUAAGGAUAUAAUAUGCUCUUAUCUGUGGUUUAUACUUUUUGUUCUUUGUAUCACAAAGUGUUUAGUAUACAGCUACCUGUUUGAAAAUUAUUUGCUUACAUCUGUGUGAAAAAAGUGGUGCUAUGUUAUUGUGUAAAUGAAAGUUUGUAUUAUCCAAGUCAGCCAUUUUUUAAUCUUAAGUUACAAUGUCUGCUCACUGCCAUUUUAUGUAUGAUACCAGUGUAAAUGAAAUAAGUUAACAGAUCUUAGCCAGUAAAAAUGAAUUCUGUAAAAUAGAUGUCUUAUAAAGUUAGAGACUACAAAUAUUUGUACAUAUGUUUCCUAUGAAUUUUUAAUAAUAUACAGUGGACCCCCGGUUUACGAUAUUUCAUUCCAGAAGUAUGUUCAGGUGCCAGUACUGACCGAAUUUGUUCCCAUAAGGAAUAUUGUGAAUUAGAUUAAUCCAUUGCAGACCCCCAAACAUACACAUACAAACACACUUACAUAAAUACACUUACAUAAUUGGUCGCAUUGGGAGCUGAUCGUAAACCGGGGGUCCACUGUACUUUGAGUAGUGCCUUGUUCCUGACCUCUUGAUGAAACCACUUCCUUCUUAGAAAAUAAAAAAAUUAUCAUUCUGAUAAUUUUAA